AUGAGUACGGUGCGAACAAUUAUUGCCAUUAGUGAUGCACAAAACUUGUUUGUUUAUCAAAUGAAUGUCAAAAAUGGUUUUAUCCAUGGUGAUCUCAAAGAAGAGAUUCAUAUGAAACCUCCACCUGAUGACAUUAACAUCACAGGAACUGAUUCUUCAUUAAUCACUAGCCUCGAACAACAAUUUAAAGAUUCUUUUCAUAUGAAAGAUCUUGGUACUCUUACACAUUUUUUGGGUUUGGAAGUUCAUAAUAUUGCUUUAGGUGUGAUUAUAAACCAAUACAAAUAUACUCAGAACAUGAUUUCUUUGGCUGGUCUUCAAGAUUCCUCCUCCGUAGAUAUUCCAUUGGAAUUCAAUGUGAAGUAUCUUCGUGAGGAAGGUGAUCUUCUUCCUGAUACAACUAUGUUUCGACAAUUAGUUUGGAGUCUAUAUUACCUUACUAUUACUCGGCCUGAUAUCUCUUUGCAGUGCACUAAUGGUUCUCCUAUUCGUCUUAAUGCUUUUAGUGAUUAUGAAUUGGCGGGAUGUCCUGAUACUCGUCGUUAA